AUGACGGAGGAUGUAAAAGUGACAGCGAAGAAUGCUAAAGGGCGGAUUACGGCGAAAACCAGGUUUAAGACAAUGGACAAGAGUAAACAGAACGCGAAGAUCAAGAAUACUCUUGCCGAAGAUGGCGGCUGUGAGGACCGUCCAUUCGUGGUACGCUUUUUGACAGUGGGCGUGGCAUCAUAUCUGGCUCAAAAGGUUUGGACGAAGCGAAAGAUGAUGACACACGGCUGGUACACGGAGGAGAUGACAGAGACGGAGAUUAUAAUGGUGAUAGUCUUUGAGUACAUGAGCUCCAUGGGACUUAUCUUUAUCAUCGGUAUUGUCGUAGGUAAAGUUGUUAACAUGGUGGCCAAAUGGGUAAGGGGUAUCGCGUGCCAGCGAUAUAACAAUCGAGUUAAGAGCGCGGAGUCGUGUACAUCCAUGUCUGCAGAUACAGCAUUUAUGUGA